AUGAUCCAAUCCUUGAUUGGGCUGAAAAUGAGGUGUUAUCAGAUGGUAAUGGGUAAGCUUAGUGAUGAUGAUGAACCUAAUGAUGGAAAAGAUAAGAAGGUUGUAUUCCAUGUCCAUGAUGAGAACCAAGCAUGGGAUAAGAUGAUGCCAAUUCUAGGUGUUUGUAGAGGUCAGUUGCUUGCUGCUGUAGGUAGGGAUGCAAACAACCAUAUCUACCCUCUUGCUUGGGCUGUGGUUGCAGUUGACAGUAAGGAAACAUGGAAGUGGUUUGUUGACCUUCUCCUUGAUGACAUUGGAAUGGGAAAUGGACAUGGGUUGACAUUAAUAUCAGAACAACAUAAAGGAUUACUUGAGGCUGUCAAGGAAAGGGUACCAGCAGCAGAGCAUAGACAAUGUAAAGUGAAGGUUGAAUUUGAAGAGGGUAAUCAAGAAGUUGAUUUGGAAAGUGAUAGUGACAGUGAAGUUCAAAGGGAGCCUAAUAGUGAGGUGGAGUCUUAUGAAGUUGAUUUUGAAAAGGGUAAUCAUACAUAUGAAGAUGUAGACCAACCUGAGGUUGAAGCUAAAGAACAAGUUGAAGUUGGAGGGGUUGAAGAACAGGUUGAAGUUGAGGAACAGGUUGAAGUUGAAGAACAGGUUGAAGUUGAAGAACAUGUUGAAGCACUUGUUGAAGUUGAAGUUGAAGAAGGUGAAUACCAGGCUGGAGAUGUAGAUCAAGUUGAACAGGUUGAAGUUGAAGUAAUUCAAGAUCCAGUUGGAUAA